GCCGCCGCCGCCGCCAUGUCGGCCGGUCCCCGCCGCAGGCGUCGUCAGAUGUUUCCCAGCAACGCCCCGCCGCGCCCCGCCGCGCCUGCGCCGUGUGUGCGCCGCGCCUGCGCGCGGGGGCGAGGUCAAAGGGCGCGGCGACGGCGCCUGCGCAGAACGGCGCGGCCCGGCAAGAUGGCGGACAAAGAGAAGAAGAAGAAGGAGAGUAUCUUGGACCUGUCCAAGUACAUCGACAAGACGAUCCGGGUGAAGUUCCAGGGGGGCCGCGAAGCCAGCGGAAUCCUGAAGGGCUUUGACCCGCUGCUCAACCUUGUGCUGGAUGGCACCAUCGAGUACGUGAGAGACCCCGACGACCAGUACAAGCUCACAGAGGACACGCGGCCGCUGGGCCUGGUGGUGUGCAGGGGCACCUCGGUGGUGCUCAUCUGCCCGCAGGACGGCAUGGAGGCCAUCCCCAACCCCUUCGUCCAGCAGCAGGAGGCCUAGCGGGCGGCUCACCCGCACGAACGGACUUCCCUUUUUGUAUAGGUUACGUUUUUCUUUUGUUAAUAAAAUCGCAAACUUCUGGAGCCCCAGGA